AUGGAAGCACAAGAGGCGCUUCAGAGGGAAUGUCGCUUUUUGGUCGAACCCGCUCGGAUAGGGUUAGCGCCUCGGAUACUUAGAAUAGCGAUAGUGCUAUGCAUCAUCAUUGCGAUCUUCUCCCAAGCGACAGACAGCGCUCAAACAAAGCGAAGAAUACGGCGGCCCACAAACCUCAAGGCGACCGUAGCGAAGCCAGAAGACAACCAGAUCCCCACGAAGAAGGCACAGGAUCGAUCGGAUCAGGCGCCCGCCUCGGCCACCAACCGGUUCCGGGUGCGCACGAAAACGCGCGGCACAUUAACGGCCGGUGCUGCCGGAACAGCGGUGUUGGCCGGUGCCGCCAGCUCCGCCCUCGUGUCGAAGAAGGCGCAGAUCGACAGUGAUGGCUACAAGAUCGUCUGCUACUACACCAACUGGUCGCAGUACCGUACGAAAAUCGGUAAGUUCGUCCCGGAGGACAUCCCGGCCGAUCUGUGCACGCACAUCAUAUUCGCCUUCGGGUGGCUGAAGAAGGGCAAGCUGAGCUCGUUCGAGAGCAACGACGAAACGAAGGACGGCAAGACCGGUCUGUACGAGCGCAUGAUGACGCUGAAGAAGGCGAACCCGAAGCUGAAGAUCCUGCUGGCGAUCGGUGGCUGGUCGUUCGGUACGCAAAAGUUCAAGGAGAUGUCCGCCACCCGGUACGCCCGCCAGACGUUCAUCUACUCGGCCAUCCCGUUCCUGCGGCAGCGCGGCUUCGACGGGCUCGACAUGGACUGGGAGUACCCGAAGGGUUCGGACGACAAGAAGAACUUCGUGCUGCUGCUGAAGGAGCUGAAGGAGGCGUUCGAUGCGGAAUCGCAGGAGAUCCGCCAGCCGAGGCUGCUGCUGACCGCGGCCGUCCCCGUUGGGCCGGAUAAUGUGCGCGGUGGAUACGAUGUCCCGGCCGUCGCCAGCUACCUCGACUUCAUCAACCUGAUGGCGUAUGAUUUCCACGGCAAGUGGGAGCGCGAGACGGGUCACAACGCUCCGCUGUACUCCCCAUCGUCCGACAGCGAGUGGCGCAAGCAGCUCUCGGUGGACUACGCCGCCAACUUGUGGGUGAAGCUCGGUGCCCCGAAGGAGAAGCUGAUCAUCGGUAUGCCCACGUACGGUCGCUCGUUCACACUCUCCAACACCGACCGGUACAAUGUGAACUCCCCGGCGAGCGGUGGUGGCAAGGCCGGCGAGUACACCAAAGAGUCCGGCUUCUUGGCGUACUACGAAAUCUGCGAAAUGCUCCUGAACGGUGCCGCGUAUAUCUGGGACGACGAGAUGAAGGUGCCGUACCUGGUCGACGGUGAUCAGUGGGUCGGAUUCGACGACGAGCGUGCCAUCCGCAACAAGAUGACCUGGAUCAAGACGAACGGAUUCGGUGGUGCGAUGGUGUGGACCGUGGACAUGGACGACUUCAGUGGUACGGUUUGUGGAGGUAACGUGAAGUACCCGCUGAUCGGAGCAAUGCGCGAGGAGCUGCGAGGAGUUAGCCGUGGUAAGGAAGCGAAGGACGUUGACUGGUCCACGGUGGCCGCCACCAUCCAGGAGAAGGAGGAAGAAAAACCAGCCCCGAUUAAGAUUUCUGUCUCGGAAUUGUUGGCCAAGGUUCAGAAACCUCAGAAGAAGAUCAUCAAGCAGGGAUUGGCUACAGUGGAAAAGAACUCACGACCAGCGCAAGUGUUCUGUUACUUGACGAGCUGGUCGGUGAAACGACCGGGUGCCGGCAAGUUCGAACCGAAGGACGUCGACGCCGGUCUCUGCACGCACAUCGUCUACGCCUUUGCAACGCUCAAGGACCACAAGCUGACCGAAGCGAACGAGAGUGACCCGGACAUGUACGACGAGGUGAUUGCACUGCGCGAGAAGAACCCCGACCUGCAGGUCCUGCUCGCCAUCGGCGGCUGGGCGUUCGGAUCGACCCCCUUCAAGGAGCUGACGUCGAACGUGUUCCGUAUGAACCAGUUCGUGUACGAAGCGAUCGAGUUCCUGCGGGAGUACCAGUUCAACGGGCUCGACGUCGACUGGGAGUAUCCGCGCGGAGCCGACGACCGUAAGGCGUACGUCGACCUGCUGCGCGAGCUGCGCGUCGCCUUCGAGGGUGAAGCGAAGACGUCCGGACAACCGCGCCUUCUGCUGACCGCUGCCGUGCCCGCUUCCUUCGAGGCCAUCGCGGCCGGCUAUGACGUGCCGGAGAUCUCCAAGUACCUCGACUUCAUCAACGUCAUGACGUACGACUUCCACGGGCAGUGGGAGCGCCAGGUUGGCCACAAUUCGCCGCUGUUCCCGCUCGACUCGGCCUCCAACUACCAGAAGAAACUGACCGUUGACUUCAGUGCGCGCGAGUGGGUGAAGCAGGGCGCACCCAAGGAGAAGCUGUUGAUCGGUAUGCCCACCUAUGGCCGCUCGUUCACGCUCGUCAACCAGACGCAGUUCGACAUUGGAGCGCCAGCGUCGGGAGGCGGUCUGCCGGGCAAGUUCACCAACGAGGCCGGAUUCCUCAGCUACUACGAGAUCUGUGCGUUCCUUGGCGUGGACAACACGACCCUCGUGUGGGACUCCGAGCAGCAGGUGCCGUUUGCUUACCGCAAGGAUCAAUGGGUUGGCUUCGACGAUGAACGAUCACUGAAGACGAAGAUGGAAUGGCUCAAGGAGGAAGGUUUCGGAGGAAUCAUGGUUUGGUCGAUCGAUAUGGACGACUUCUCGGGACGCUGCGGUAGCGGCAAGUACCCACUGCUGACCACACUCAACAGCGAGCUGAAGGACUACAAGGUGCAGCUGGAGUACGAUGGACCGUACGAGUCGUACGGACCACGGGGUGCCUACACCACCAAGGAUCCCAACGAGGUCACCUGCGCCGAAGAGGACGGCCACAUCAGCUACCAUCCGGAUAAGGCCGACUGUACGCACUACUUCAUGUGCGAGGGUGAGCGCAAGCACCACAUGCCAUGUCCCGCCAACCUGGUGUUCAACCCGAACGAGAACGUGUGCGAUUGGCCGGAGAACGUCGAAGGAUGCCAGCACCAUUCGCAGGCCGCAGCGUCCAAGUAA